AUGGUGAACAAGCUUUGUUUGGGAGUGUGUGAUGAUGGUUCUUACUAUACUGAAAUCGCAAAACAAGUCAUCAAUUACUACAAUGACUCAUUCAAUAAGUCGCAUUCAAACCUCAGGCGCGCGUAUUUCAACAACAUGUGGAGAGGGACAGCCACCUUAGUCGCUGCGUUGCUAUUGAUACUGACUCUUAUCCAGGCCGUGACUUCGAUCAUUGACGUUUUGCCUCGGCGCAAGUGA